GCUUCCGGUACGGGGUGUCAUGGGCGGCCGCAACAAGAAGCACCGCGGCGGCAGCUCGGCUCAUGCUGCCUCCACCGCCGCUGCGGCCACCGCCGCUGCUCGAUCGCGAGCCGCUGCCGAGGCUGAUGCUGCUGCUGCCGCCGCCGCCAAUGAGGCGACGGGCAGCAGAGCGGCCCCGCGGCCGCCGCCCGCCUGCAAGGAGCCCCGCAUCAAGCAAGGUCCAAAAACUUACAGUUUUAGUUCACCAGUAGAUUCCACUGCUGCUGUAGCUGCAAAUCUGGAUAAAUCUAUUCUCAAGGUAAUGAUAAGCAGUAAUUUGGAAAAAAGGAUUAUUGAUGUAAUCAAUGACCAUAAAAAACAAAACAAUGACAAAGGAAUGAUUUCCAGAAGACUGACUACUAAGAAAUUACAGGAUGUAUACAUGGCUUUACAAAGGUUUUCUUUUAAGACUGAGCACAUUGAAGAUGCAAUGAAAAAUACUCUUUUAUAUGGUGGUGAUCUUCAUUCUGCACUUGACUGGCUUUGUUUAAACCUUCCUGAUGAUGCCUUACCUGAAGGCUUUAGCCAGCAGUUUGAAGAGCAGCAACAUAAACCUAGAGCAAAAUUUUGUUCUCCAGUGUCACAACGUGAACCUCCACCUCGCUUAGCAGAUAAGAAAAAGAAAGAUAAUAACCCUGAAACUAAGGAGACAAAUAUGAAGGAGCAGAAGGAAAUGAGUAUGAAGGAGUGGAUUUUGCGGUACGCUGAGCAACAGAGUGAUGAAGAGAAAAAUGAAUCUGUGAAAGAGACAGAUGAAGAAAAGUUUGACCCAAAUGAAAGGUAUGUACAUCUGGCUGCAAAGCUUUCAGAAGCAAAAGAACAAGCAAGCAUCUCCAAGCAAGACAAAGACAAGCAGGGCCAGAAGGUGGCACAGGAGAAAAUAAGAAGAAUUCAACAAGAAAUGGCAAUGCUUGAAGAGCAUCCUGUCUUUGAUCCAGCUAUAAAGACAUCAAACCAACAACAGAAGGAAAAGAAAAAAGCUACCCCACCUCAACCUCAAGAAACCACUUUGAAUUUGAGUUUGCUUGAAAAACCUGAUGGUACUGCAAAGGAAGAAAAAGCCAAAAAGAAAGAACCACUAGAUAUAAGAAAUUUUGAUUAUAGUGCUCGAAGCUGGACUGGUAAAUCACCAAAACAAUUUUUGAUUGACUGGUGCAGGAAGAAUUUUCCCAAGAGCCCAAAUCCUGCUUUUGAAAAGGUUCCAGUUGGAAGAUACUGGAAAUGUAGGGUCAGGGUUACCAAAUCAUCGGAUGAUGUAAUGACGAUGUGUCCUACAAUUGUAACAGAAGACAGUAUGCAAGCACAGCAUUUAGCUGCUACUUUGGCACUCUAUCAUCUAACCAAGGGACAGUCAGUUCAUCAGUUGCUGCCUCCUACCUACCGAGAUGUCUGGCUAGAGUGGAGUGAUAUUGAAAAGAAAAAGGAAGAAGAAAACAAAAUAGAAACUAACAAGCCUCGUGAUAACUUUAUUGCUAAAUUAUUAAACAAACUAAAACAGCAGCAGCAGCUACAAUCUGAAAAGCAGACAAAAGUAUCUGAAGGUCCUGAAGAUUCCUGGGAGAACCUAGUUUCUGAUGAGGACUUCAACAAUCUCUCACUUGAGACCGCAGACACAGAUAAUUUGGAACCUUCAAGGAAUUUAUUCAGGAAGCUGCAAAGUUCCUCCAGAUACCAAAAAUUUCUGAAAGAAAGACAGGAGUUACCUGUAUUUAAGCACAGGCAUUCAAUUGUGGAAACUCUUAAAAAACAUCGAGUAGUUGUUGUAGCUGGUGAAACAGGCAGUGGGAAGAGUACUCAGGUACCCCAUUUCUUGUUAGAAGACUUGUUGCUGGAUGAGGGAACAAGGAAAUGUAAUAUUGUAUGCACACAGCCCCGAAGAAUCUCGGCAGUGAGCUUGGCCACAAGGGUUUGUGAAGAGCUGGGCUGUGAAUCUGGACCUGGAGGAAAAAACUCUCUAUGUGGAUAUCAAAUUCGUAUGGAGUCAAGAACUGGAGAAGCCACCAGACUACUGUACUGUACUACAGGUGUUUUGCUUCGAAAACUUCAAGAAGAUGGUCUUCUCUCAAGUAUAUCUCAUGUUAUUGUAGAUGAGGUACAUGAAAGAAGUGUCCAUUCUGAUUUCUUACUAGUUAUCCUGAAAGAGAUCUUGCAUAAGCGUUCAGACCUGCAUCUGAUUUUGAUGAGUGCUACUGUAGACAGUGAGAAGUUUUCCAGCUAUUUCGCACACUGUCCCAUUUUAAGAAUCUCAGGGAGAAGUUACCCUGUUGAGGUUUUCCAUGUUGAAGAUGUAAUUGAAGCAACUGGCUAUGUUCUGGAGAAAGACUCAGAAUAUUGUCAGAAAUUCUUAGAGGAAGAGGAAGAAAUAAUGAUAAAUGUUACCACAAAAGGAGGAGGCACUACAAAGUAUCAGGAGUAUGUCCCAGUCCAGUCUGGAUCUGGCAUUGAUUUGUCUCCUUACUAUCAAAAGUAUAGUAGUAGGACCCAGCAAGCAGUCUUCUAUAUGAAUCCUUACAAGAUCAACCUUGAACUUAUUUUGGAGUUGCUUGCAUACUUAGAUAGAAGUCCCCAGUUCAAGAACACUGAAGGUGCUGUGCUGAUCUUUUUACCAGGCCUUGCUCAUAUCCAGCAGUUGUAUGAUCUCAUUUCAACUGACAGAAGAUUUAGCUUGUGUGAUAGGCACAGAUUGAUAGCACUGCAUUCUGUUCUUUCAACGCAAGAUCAAGCAGCUGCAUUUACAGUACCUCCUCUUGGUGUUAGAAAGAUUGUUUUGGCAACGAAUAUAGCAGAGACAGGUAUUACAAUACCAGAUGUUGUCUUUGUAAUUGAUUCUGGCAGAACAAAAGAAAACAGGUAUCAUGAAAGCAGUCAGAUGAGUUCCUUGGAGGAGACUUUUGUUAGCAAAGCUAGUGCUUUGCAACGUCAAGGAAGAGCUGGUCGUGUUAGGGAUGGAUUCUGCUUCCGAAUGUACACAAGAGACAGGUUUGAAAGUUUCAUGGAGUAUUCAGUUCCAGAAAUAUUACGUGUGCCUUUGGAGGAAUUAUGCCUUCAUAUUAUGAAAUGCAACCUUGGCUCUCCUGAAGACUUCCUUUCCAGAGCAUUAGAUCCACCACAACCACAAGUAAUUGGUAAUGCAAUGAACCUGUUAAGGAAAAUAGGAGCUUGUCAGUUAAACGAGCCCAAACUGACUCCAUUGGGCCAGCACCUUGCAGCUCUUCCUGUCAACGUAAAAAUUGGCAAAAUGCUUAUAUUUGGUGCUAUAUUUGGCUGCUUGGAUCCUGUGGCAACUUUGGCUGCUGUUAUGACAGAAAAAUCACCAUUUACUACACCAAUUGGUCGGAAAGAUGAAGCAGAUCUUGCAAAAUCAUCUAUAGCACUGGCAGUCUCAGAUCAUCUAACAAUCUACAAUGCUUAUCUGGGGUGGAAAAAGGCUCGUCAAGAAGGAGGACAUCGUGCUGAAAUGACUUACUGUCGAAGAAAUUUCCUUAAUAGAACUUCACUUUUAACUCUGGAGGAUGUGAAGCAAGAACUCAUAAAGCUGGUCAGAGCAGCAGGGUUCACAGCACCUACAACUCAACAUCGAUUGGAUGGAAAUGGAGGCACACAAUCCCUGUCUCUCCAUGAAAUUGCUCUUCUUAAAGCUGUGUUGACUGCGGGGCUGUAUGACAACGUAGGAAAAAUCAUGUAUACAAAAUCUGUGGACAUCACAGAGAAGCUGGCAUGCCUGGUAGAAACUGCUCAGGGUAAAGCACAAGUGCAUCCCUCCUCAGUAAAUCGAGACUUACAGGUACAUGGAUGGCUUCUUUACCAGGAGAAGGUGAGGUAUGCGAAAGUGUACUUGAGAGAGACCACUUUAAUAUCACCUUUUCCCAUUUUGCUUUUUGGUGGGGAUAUUGAAGUCCAGCAUCGGGAGCAUCUCCUGACAGUUGAUGGCUGGAUCCAUUUUCAGGCUCCUGUAAAGAUAGCAGUAAUCUUCAAACAACUGAGAGUUCUCAUAGAGUCUGUCUUACAGAAGAAGCUUGAAAAUCCUAAAAUGUCACUUGAAGAUGAUAAGGUUUUACACAUCAUCAAAGAACUGAUAAAAACAGAGAAUGGUAACUGAAACUGGACAUAAGUAAGAAUCCAUGGCCUUGGUAAUGCCAGGAGAAAUACACACUCCAACACUAAAUGAAAGCAUUUAAAUGAUAAGUGUUUAAUACCAGUUAUGAUGUUGGAAGGCUGCAUGAUUUCUACAUAGAACUUACAUUUCUAUGUCAUCUUUAAAGGUGAAUGUGUACAGAUUAAUAAGUUUAUCCUUUUACGCCAGCGCCAUUUAUCAGAAUGUAUGAAUAAUCAUGGAAUCACAGAAUGGCUUUGGUUGGAAGGGACUUCAGAGAUAUCUAGUUCCAACUCCCCUCUUGUGUGGCAACCCUGCCCACAUUAGAUCAGACUGCCCAGAGCCCUGAUUCAUCCAACCAGGAAUGAGGCAUUCACAGCUUCUCUGGGCAGCCUGUUCCAGUGCCUCAUCACCUUCUGAGUAAAGAACUUCCUCCUAGAUCCCCACUAACCUAGAUCUCAUUUGAAUGUAAAAACCAUUCACCACUGUCCUGUCAUUAUCAGACUGUUUAAAAAAAAAAAAAAGUUUUCCCUCCUGUUUAUAAGCUACCUUUAAGUACUGGAAGGCUACAUGAGGUCUCUCCAGAGCCUUCCUUUCUCCAGGCUGUUGAACUCCUUCAGCAUUUAUUUCUAAGAGGGGCGCUCCAUUUCUCUUAUCUUCAUGGCUCUUCCUUGGGUCUGCUCCAACAUUUUCACGUCUUUAUGCUGCUGGGGGCUCCAGACCUGGAUGCAGUACUGUAGGUGAUGCAUUACAAGGGCAGAGCAGAGGGGGACAAUCACCUCCCUAACUCUGCUGGCCACCCCCCUUUUGAUACAGCCCAGGAUACAGUUGGUCUUGUCUGCAAGUGUACAUUGCUGGCUUGCCUCAAACUUUUCAACCACCGGAACCCCUAAGUCCUCUUUUUCAGAGCUGAUCUUGAUGAGUUCUUCUCCCAGUCUGUAUGUGUGUCUGGGAUUCCCCUGAAUUAGGUGUAGCACCUUGCACUUGUUGAACCUCAUUAGGUUCAUCUGGGCCCACUUCUUAUGUUUGUACAUAAGAAAUACAUGCUUUGAAUUACAGGCAGAUCUGGCAUGAUCUGCCUUUGGUGAAGCUGUGCUGGCUGUCUCCUAUCACGUCCUUGCGUUGCACAUGCCUUAACAUAACUUCCAGGAGGCUCUGCUUCAUGAUCUCCCCAGGCACAGGUUUGAGCAUCAUUGGCCUGUAGUUCCCUAGGUCUUCCUUUCCACCCUUAAAAAUGGGAGUGAUGUUUACUUUUUCCAGUUACAAGAGACAGCCUUAAGUUUUUGAAGAUGAUGGAGUGUGGCUUGGCAACUGCAUCAGCCAGCUCCUUCAGGACGGGGUACCAAACAAUUGCUGAGUUUCAUCAGAUGGUCUUGGACUUCCACGUAAAGUGGAAGAGUCUGUCUUCCCUGCAUAGAAAUUUAGGGAUGUAAGGGAUGUGGGAAGGCUGACAACCAGUGUAGAUUGAAGCAAAGAAGUUGUUUGAGUACAUUAGCCUUCCACGUCUGUUGUUGCCAGUUACCCUCUCUGAUAAAUGAGAAGGGGUACACUCUCCUUAUUAGGCUUUCUCUUGUGACAAAUACAGCUACAGAAUCUUUAUUUUUCACAUCUUACCUUUACACAUACAUGGACAGUGUCCAUGUCCUCUUCCCAGGCUACAGUCCCCUGCUUCCACUGCUUGUGCAUUUCCUUCUUAUCCCUCAAUUUUACCAGCAGGUCUUUUUUCAGCCAUGCUGGUUUCCUGCCUCCUUGGUUUGACUUUGUAUGCUUGGGAAUGGAGAGCUCUUGCAUGCUCAGAAAAGCAUUCUUAAAAGCUGCUGGCUCUGUUCCAUUCCUUUGUCCCUGAGGGCAGUUUAGGGACGGGGUUCCCAGGGGAUGUCAUCCAGUAAUUCCUUGAACAGAUGGAGUUUUGCCCUUCUGAAGUUCAGGAUCUUGACUCUGCUCUUUUUCAGGAAUACCAGGAAGCUAUCUCCUGAAGCAAGAAGACCUUGUCAACAGACUUCUCUUGAUCAGUCAGCCUAAUGUCCUUUAUUAUUCCAGUCCUAAAUUUUGCCCACAACCUCCCAGCCUGAUCCUGGCUGUUUCUCAGAGGCAAUUUCUUGCAGUCUAUCCAUUUGUUAACAUAGAGGGCAUCUCUCCUCCCUUUUUCCUUGUCUAUAUCUUCUACAAAUCUUGCAGCUCUUGAACUGCAUUGUUCCAGUUGUGCAGUUUAUCCCACUGCAUUUCCAUGGUAGCAAUCUGGUUAUGGUUUUCUAGUUACAGCAUGGCUUCCAUCUUCUGCUUGCUUCCCAUGCUGCAUGCACUGAUGUAGAUACACUUCAGCUGGGCUAUCAGUCACAUUACUUUCUAAGAGGAGCCCUGUGAAUUCCUUUAGGACUUCAGUGAGUGUUUUCACUGCUUCUUCCUAGAGGGACAGUGUACCUUGAGUCUUCCCUGUUACUCAGAACUGCACUGACUUCCGCUGCUGAAUCUAGUUUAAAGCUCUGUUAACAAGGCCAGCCAGCAUGCUGCCCAGAACAUUCUUGUCCCACCUGUUCAGUUGUGUCCCAUCCAAUAUCUACAUUCUCUGUCCCUUGAAGGGACAGAGAAGGGACAGAAUCAAAGAACCCAAAGCCCUGAGUGUGGCACCAUCCACAUAGCCAUUCAUUCACCUGGUUCGUUCACGUCCUCCUUCCUGGGUCCCAGUCUCCAAGCAGGAGAAGAAUGAUGAAAGCAGGUUCUUUUAUAUAAAAAUGGCUGUGGCCAACUCCAGUUUUCUUUGCUUCUGGUACACUGAUCAUAACAUGGUCAUGGUGAUGCAGACUGUACUAGUAAUUCAAAAUUGGGUCUUGAAUCUCAGUAGGGUAGUGCUCCAGUAGAUGCAUGCAAACAGAAGACAGAUACUUCGUACAUUGGUUCUGCAAGUGUUUUUUUUUUUAAGCUAUGAAUAUGUAGUACUAAAGCAACAUGUCUUACAAAUAUCUUCUUUUCUGUGUGGUUUACAAUUUUAAAAAAUGCUGUAACAAGAAGACAGUGUACCAUGUUCAGGUGCAGGGCUUAGCCAAACACAUGUAGUGACCACCAGCACAUCUCUCCUUCCUUUGUGUUUCUCACACUUGUUCUUCCUCAUUCACCCCGAUCCUUGUUUCUUUCUGCCUUUGGCCUGUCCCUGGAGGCAGUGGAAUAAGAUUUGCUUUUCCACAAGCCCUCUCUUACCCUGUAAUGAUCUUUGUAUAGUCUCACAAGCCCUUUUAAAUCUCAUAAUGCUCAUGAUGACUGAGUUUAUCUCUUCUUGGUUAAUAAAGUUCAGGCUGACUCUCUUCAGUGCUAAACUGGAGCAGUUCCUUAAAUGUCUGGGAAAAAAAAAAAUAUCAGUGGCUGAAGACCUCAGGUCUUCAUUAAUUGUUAACUUGUUCCUUAAUUUUUGUGCGUCUGCAUGUUGAACUCCAUAGAAUCAUAGAAUAUUGAAAAUUCAAAGCCCGUGUCUGAGUGUGUUGUCCAGAUGCAAUUUGAACUCGGUCGGCUUGGUGCUAUGACCACUGCCCAGGGCAGCCUGCCUGGACCUUACUGCCCUCUGGGAGGAGCCUUUUCCUAAUUCCCAACCCGACUCUCCCCUGACACAAACUCUUUUGUUUUUCUUGCUUUUAUACUGAAUAGUCCUUAACCAGAUAACAUAAUGUAACAGAUCCUCUUACACGGUUUACAACAAUGAAGUGAGAAUUUCAGAUCAGGAUCUCAGCUGUUAAAGUAGAGAAACUGUUACCUCUUAACCAUGCAGCAGUUAUACUCUAAGCACUAACUCUGUAUGUACAGACAGUUGCAUAGUGCAGGUUUGUUUCAUUUGAGAAGUACAGGUUCCAUGCAGCAGGUUAGUGGCGCCUUCCUUUUUUAGGAGGCAAUGAGGAAAAUAUAUGAUCUUGAAAGAGACCAAGAAAAAUAUAGAGAGAUACCCCGUUAGAUGAUGAUAGGAGAACUGGUAGUGCUGUGCUAAAGGGAAACCAUGAGAUAGUAGUAAGCUGACCUAUGAACAGUAGCUGAUACUUCAUCCUGGAAAAAGGCAAGUCUUAAUGCUUUCCUAGGGCCUCUGAGGUAAAAGUAAUCAAUCUGCUAUCCUUUAUGAAUGAUGAUAAGCUAAUAGUGCUCCAGCUUUCCUGGAAAAGACAGGGAGUGCGUUAUUUUUAAUCGUGAAGUCUACAGCGCUUGAAGUACUUCUAACUGCUUAGUUUGAUCUUCAUGCCUCAGUUUUGCACUCUGUUCCUUAGAUGCAUUCUUUUUUGUAGUAGAAGUGUAGGUAUAAAAAAAAAAAAACUAUAAAUUGCAUUCCUGGAAGAUAAAGUUAAAUCUGCAUCCCAGAUGGCCAAAUUUCAGGCAAAUGAUUUCCUGGGUUUUGUUCUAGCUUAAAUCUUUUAUUUCUUUCCUUUAGAAGUAUGAAUUGGAGAUAUAUUUCAGUAGUUGGACAACUGUUAAACUCCUGUUUCUUUUGGAUUUGAAUUUCAGACAUCAGUUGGUAUCUUGAAAUGGCUGAAUCCCAGUAAGACUGUUAAUUGUCCUUGAGGUUUUUCUCCUUUAUUUAAUCAUGGUGAAUAUAGACUCUUAAUUCCAUUUACGUAUGGUAAUGUUGAAGCUGAUAGGAAUUCUUUGCAUUUCUCCAGCAUGCCCUGCUUUGUAAACUCUUCUUCAGUUGUUAACACAAGGAUUUAUUGUAAUAACUAAGGAAUUGGUGACUGCAUUUGGAGUGAUCAGCGGUCUCUGCAAAACAGAUGAAACAGGUCAAGCUGUGGUAUUGCAGAUAACUGUGCUUAUCUUACAAUUUAAUGGGGAUUUAAAAAAAAAGAUCGCAGUGGCUUUCUGCGUAUGCAGAGUAUGCGAGCAACUUUGUGCCUGUGCUCUUUUGAAUGGAUAAAUUUUCUUUUUGUUCCAUGUAUUUAAUAAAUACUUUUACUACA